ACUCGAUUGAAUCGUCUGAAACUUCAAAAUGCACGUACCACUAUCGUACAGUGUCGGCAACAGUCUAGCGGACCGAGAACUGGCGCCGAAUUCCAGCAGAAGCUCAAUGAUGGACCCAAUUUGCAGCACUUUAUUCAACAAUCAGGUGCUGAAAAGAGCCAGCGCCUGGAGCCAUUUAUCAUGAAGUGGGGAAAGAAUCUAAACGAGCCGUACAUCGAACCAAAGGAUCUAGAUGGUCAGAAUGCUAAAGUGCACAUCAAAACCUACGGCUGUCAGAUGAACGUAAAUGACACGGAAAUUGCCUCGGCUAUUCUCUCCCAGUCCGGCUACCAGAUGAUGCCUAAUAUUGAAGACGCGGACAUCGUCUUCCUGAUGACCUGCGCCAUUCGCGAGAACGCCGAAAACAAAGUCUGGCACAAGUUGCGCGAGCUGGAGCGAGCCAAGCGCUCCGGAGCGGUGAAGAAGUUUGGCCUUCUCGGCUGCAUGGCCGAACGCCUGAAGACGAAGGUACUGGAGGAGGUGCCCACUAUCGAUGUGAUCGGUGGCCCGGACUCCUACCGGCACUUACCGAAGCUGUUGGCCGUCAACUCGCUGACCGGGCAGAACGCCGUCAAUGUGCUCCUGUCUUUGGAUGAGACGUACGACGACGUGUUAACAGAUGUUCACCCCCACAGCUCUACCAUCACCUCUCGAACAUCCGCCUACGUCUCCAUCACCAGAGGCUGCAACAACCUCUGCUCGUACUGUAUCGUUCCUCACACUCGCGGUCGAGAACGGUCAAGGUCCAUAGAGACGAUCCUCAAAGAGGUGCGGCACUACGUUGACGCCGGCGUACGGGAGAUCAUCCUCCUUGGACAGAACGUCAACAGCUAUCGAGACUUUGGAGGAGACCAGCAGGUGGAGGGGAAAGAGCAGCAGCAGCAGGUGAAGCUGGCCGCCGGAUUUCGGACGCUGUACAAGCUCAAGUCGGGCGGCAUCGGCUUUGACGUCCUCCUCGAUGAGGUGGCCAGAGCGCACCCUGACGUUCGCAUCCGCUUCACCUCGCCCCAUCCCAAGGACUUCACUGACGAGGUGAUCGAGGUGAUUGCCCGCCACCCGAACAUUGCCAAGGGACUGCACAUGCCCGCCCAGUCAGGCAGUGAUGCCGUCCUCGAGCGAAUGCGCCGCGGCUACACCAAGGCCGCCUACCUCAGCCUCGUGGAGCGCAUCCGAGCGGCCAUUCCCGGUUGCGCCAUCAAUUCGGACUUUAUCUGCGGCUUCUGCGGCGAGACGGACGCCGACCACCAGGAGACGCUGGACCUGGUGGAGCGAGUGGGCUACCUGGUGGCGUACAUCUUCGCGUACAGCAUGCGAGAGCGGACGCAUGCCCACUACCACCUGGUGGACGACGUUCCGCAGGAGGUGAAGAUUGCCCGCCUGACGGAGCUCAACCAGCUCUACCGGCUCAGCAGUCUGCGGAUGAACCAGGCGACGGUGGGCACUCGGCAGCUGCUGCUCAUCGAGGGAGUCAGCAAAAAGUCGCCCGAUCAGCUGUACGGUCGCAAUGAAGCCAACCAGAAGGUGGUGCUCACCAGGAGGGCGACAGAGGAUGGCAGUGGCGACGACCUCAUCGACGUGGGCGACUUUGUGGACGCUCGAAUCGUCGGCUGUACCUCGGUGACGCUGCUCGGUGAGCCCGUGGCUAAAAGCUCCAUCACCGCCUUCUACGCUUGA